AUGCGAAGUCUCAGUUGUCGAGAACAGACACGAGAUUUCAAACGCUUUAUACUAUGUUAUGUUACCAAAGGCGAAAACACCGAAGCCAUGCGCCGCAGCGUUGAAGCACUGCCCAUCCUCAGCCUUAUAGACCGCCGCUUAGAAGUCCAUAUCGUCACAGAAGCAAAGUCGCUCUCUGCUGUGCAGCACCUCGAGCAAUCUGCAAUAGUCCAUGGGGUCCCGACAGACUUCGUAACAAGGAGAGCCAAGUACAAAGCAAGGGCGUUGGAAUGGUUCAGGAAAACCCAAAACUUUUCAAACCAAGAUUGGAUUCUGCACCUCGACGAGGAGACCUGUCUCGACGAACACGCAAUACGUUCGGCCAUCGAUGCUGUCGAGAGAGAUUCUACCAUGCACGUUGCCCAGGGGAUAAUCUUGUACAACGCACAUAAUUAUUGGGCUCACAAAAUUGUUGCAUAUGCUGACGUCAACCGCGUUCUAGAUGACUUUGGUCGUUAUCAGUUCCAGUUCAACUAUUGUCGACGUCCCGUCUUUGGCAUGCAUGGCUCAUUCGCACUGAUCAAUGGCGAGGUGGAGAACACGGUGACAUGGGAGACUGACUGCCUGACGGAGGACUAUUGGUUUGCGCUUCAGGCAGCAAAGCGAGGCUAUGAAUUUGGCUGGAUACCUGCCUUCGCUCGGGAACAAUCGCCUUGCAGCCUUUGGGAUUACUGGCAGCAACGGCGACGGUGGGCUGCAGGCAUCUGGCAGAUGAGGGAUACGGCAGCCAGUGCGCUUGUUCUUCUCUGGUCGUGGCAGACUCUAGAUCUCUUGGUGUAA